UUCACCUGACGCUGUGAGAACGUGGCUUUUACUGCUACACAUUAACGUGUUUUAAGUUACCUGUGGGAGUAUCUCUCUCUAAGUUAGUCACCUUUGGACCUUAAGCUGAGUUUAAUUGUCUCGGGACGACUUGGACUUUAUCCUGAUUAUUUCCUGUUUACGCUCACAUGCUGGAUUAACUCCUCGCCUGCAUCAUCGUAGCUAAAAACAACUACAUAUACCUCUGAGAGAGAGAAUAUUUUAGCCUGGCAGCGUGUCCAACACUCCUGGAGGAUUUUCUCAGUUAGUUUGGAAUUUGAUGCUUUACCUGUACAGGCUGUAAUUGUUUUUGUGAGUGUUUGCAGCUCCCGGGGCUGCAUAUUAGGGCAAGAUGAUGGAAGAGGUGUCCAUGACGAUGGCGUAUGAUGCCCACGUUAUGGACCAGAUGAGCGAAGAGGAGAUCCUAGCCUGUCUGGUGGAUGAAACAGAACCUAAAUUCACAGUCCCAACGAAGAAAGCUAAACUGGGGGAGAGCAGGCUUCAGAUAAUAGACGAUGAAGAAGAAUACCUGAAGGAGAACCGUCGGCUGCAGCAGGCCAGCCUCCGUCUGGAGCAGGAGAACGACAACCUUGCCCACAGACUGAUCACCAGCAAGGUCGCCCUGAGGAACGCUUUGGACAAGGCGGAGGACAGAGUGGACGAACUCACCAAAGACCUUUUCCAGACCCGCAAGCGACUGCAGGCCACAGAAGAGGAGAAGAGAGGGAAAGAGGAGGAAGCUGCAGUGGCGAAGGAAGUGUUUCGGAGAGAGCUGGAGAAGGCUGAGCAGGAAGUCAGGAGGUCGACGGGUGUCAUUGCGGAUUACAAACAGAUCUGCUCUCAGCUGACAAACCGUCUGGAGAGGCAGCAGGCCGCCCACAGAGAGGAGUUGGAGUCACUUAAGAGCGCAGUGAAGGCCUGCUCGCUCUGUCGACACGUCGUGGAAUCAGACGAACCGUCCGCCACAGCUCAGAAGUCUCCGACGGCAGCAGCAACAGAAGGUCGCGGAACGUCUGAACUAGGCCGGGAGGAGGACAGCAAGGGUCUCAGAAAGGCAGAGCAGAGAGGAGACGACCAGGAGAAGGAGUCCCUCAAGACCCAGAUCAGGGAUCUGGAACAGGAGUUGGCCAAGACCAAACUCCAGAUGGUAGAGGCCAAGUGCAAGAUCCAGGAGCUGGAGCACCAGAAAGGAAUCCUGGCUAACGAUCUGCAGGAAGCAAAGAACAGCUGGAUCAGCAAGGCCUUCACCUCCCUGCGGACCUCCAGCGCAGGAGGACUUGACAGUAUUAGCAUACCCAGAGAUGGAGCUCUCAGUGGGUUGGGCUGGAACCUCCACAGUGGCUCCCUCUCUGGAUGGACCACCAAGAUGCUGUCGUGGCCUCACAGAGACCAUCGAGAAAACGUCUGAUAGCUUAUGAUCACUUUAAAGUGGACUCAGUAGAAAGAUCAGACCUCAGAGUAUUAACCCACAUUGUUAUAUGCCAGUAUGUAGCCAAUACUGUAGCUGCUAUUUCCUGUUUUGUGCGCUAGAGGGAAGCCUUGAGCACAAAACAAGACGAGGAGAGUACCUGAAGGCACAAGCAGGUGCUGUCAGACAGGCGUCAUCUUGUCUCUGCACCACUUUCCAACAACUUUAUCCUCUCAUGAAGUUCAUUUUUAUAUUUGCACCCAAAUCCAUGCGCCAGUCCAAUCAAGUUUUUUGUACGUAAUUCUUUUUACUGCUGUAUUUCUUAUGUCUUUAUUUGUUAACAAUUUGAAUCCAAUAUUAAAGCAAAGUAUGACACAAA